AUGUCAGGCAUCGCAGCCUCCCUGCAGCGGCUCCGGGAGAAGGAUCAGGGUCUUGGCUCCAGCAGCCGGGCUGUGAAGCACCUGGACCAGGACUACGAGGCUCUGCGGCAGCUCUGUCUGGAGUCCAGCUGUUUGUUCCAGGACGAAACGUUUGAGGCUCAAACUUCGUCUCUCGGCUUCAACGAGCUCGGACCCGGAUCCUACAAGACCCGAGGAGUCACCUGGCAGAGACCCACGGAGUUGACCUCUGACCCUCAGUUCAUCGUCUCUGGAGCCUCGAGGACGGACAUCUGUCAGGGAGCUCUGGGUGACUGCUGGCUCCUCGCUGCCAUCGCCUCUCUGACCCUGAACCAGGACGUCUUGGCCCGGGUUGUCCCCCAGGGACAGAGCUUUGAGGACGGACACUACGCUGGCAUCUUCCACUUCCAGUUCUGGCAGUUUGGUGAGUGGGUGGACGUUGUCGUUGACGACCGGCUGCCAGUCAGAAACGGAGAGCUGCUAUUCGUCCACUCAGCAGAGGGGCGGGAGUUCUGGAGCGCUCUGCUGGAGAAAGCCUACGCCAAGCUGAACGGUUGCUAUGAGGCGUUGUCAGGGGGAACGACCACCGAGGGCUUUGAGGAUUUCACCGGCGGCAUCGCUGAGAUCCACAACCUGGACCGACCGGACCCGCUUCUGUUCCACAUCACCCAGAAAGCUCUGAGCCGAGGCUCCCUGAUGGGCUGCUCCAUCGACAUAACGAGCUCAGCGGACUCCGAGGCCGUCACCUCUCAGAAGCUGGUGAAAGGACACGCCUACUCUGUGACAGGUGCAGCUCAGGUGGAGUAUCGCAGCAACAUGGAGAAACUGAUCCGGAUCCGGAACCCCUGGGGACAGGUGGAGUGGACCGGAGCCUGGAGCGAUGAGUCGGAUCAGUGGCGUUAUAUCAGCGAUGAGGAUCGGGAACGUCUGAGUCAUCGCUCAGAGGACGGAGAGUUCUGGAUGUCCUUCACUGACUUCCUGCGUCAUUACUCUCGGCUGGAGAUCUGUAACCUGACACCAGACGCUCUGAGUGACGACUCCGUCUCUAAGUGGGCUCUGUCCAAGUUUGAGGGCAGCUGGAGGAGAGGAUCCACCGCCGGAGGCUGCAGGAACUUCCCCAACUCGUUCUGGACCAAUCCGCAGUUUGUAAUCCGACUCGACGAGGAGGACGACGACCCCGGCGACGGCGAGGCGGGCUGCAGCUUUGUGGUCGGUCUGAUCCAGAAGAACCGGCGCCGAAUGAGAAAGAUGGGCAAGGACAUGCACACGAUCGGCUUCGCCAUCUACGAGGUUCCUGACGAGUUUGGUGGUCAGAGGAACGUUCACCUCAACAGGAACUUCUUCCUGCGCCACGCCUCCGCCGCUCGCUCCGAAACCUUCAUCAACCUGCGAGAGGUGUGCAGCCGCUUCGUGCUGCCGGCCGGAGAGUACCUGAUCGUCCCGUCCACCUUCGAACCCAACGAGAACGGAGACUUCUGCGUCCGUGUGUUCUCUGAGAAGCAGGCCGACUUCCAAGAGCUCGAUGACCCCGUGGAGUCCAGAGUGGAGAAGAUCGAGGUGGACGAGGACGACGUGGACGAACGCUUCAGAGGAUUAUUCGGACAGCUGGCGGGACAGGACUGUGAGAUCUCCGCCUUCGAGCUGCAGAAGAUCCUCAACAAAGUGGUGACCAGACGUUCUGACAUUAAGACGAGCGGCUUCAGCAUGGCGACGUGCCGUAACAUGGUCAACCUGCUGGACAAAGAUGGCAGCGGGAAACUCGGACUGCUGGAGUUUAAAGUUCUGUGGACGAAGAUCGAAAACUUCCUGAGUAUUUACCGUAAGAAGGACGAGGAUAACUCCGGGACGAUGAGCUCCACAGAGACGAGGACGGCCGUAGAAGAAGCCGGCUUCAGGCUGAACAAUCAGCUGCAUCAGAUCCUCGUUGCUCGUUACGCUGAAGCAGAUUUAACCAUCGACUUCGACAACUUUGUGGGCUGCUUGAUGAGACUGGAGACUAUGUUCAACACGUUUGAGACGAUGGACGAAGACGAGUCUGGAACCAUCGAGCUCAACAUGCUACAGUGGCUCAACGUGUCUCUGCUCUGA